UGGCUGGCGCUCGGGGGGCAGAGCUUUCCGUCGGGGCCGUGGAGGCACCAGGCCCUGAGGCCCAGCCAGGAGGAAGCUCCCUGCAGACGCAGCCCAGCAGGCCCUGCGGAAGCCACAGGCCCGGAGGAAGUGAGCAGCGUGGGGGGUGGGGGGCGGGGGGACCCUGCCCUCCCCCGGCCCCUCCAGCCCCCAGGGUAGGAACUUACUUUUCUCUGGAAGCCGGUGAUCACGAUUUGAGCUCCGCGGCCUUCAUUUCAUGGCAGCCAGGGCCGGCAAGGCAGAAAUGGAGCCGGAAUCCUUGUACAACCUGCUGCAGCUUCCGAAGGCGGUGGGCCGGCCGGCGGAGGAGGAGCUCCCACGAGGAGAAAAGAAGAAGUACCUGCCACCCACCUCGCGGGGGGACCCCAAAUUUGGAGAGCUGCAGAAGGUGCUGAUGGAGUGGAUCAAUGCCAAGCUCCUCCCGGAGCACAUCGUGGUCCGCAGCCUGGAGGAGGACAUAUUCGAUGGGCUCAUCUUGCACCACCUUUUCCAGAUGCUGACCGGGCUCCGGCUGGACGUGGAGGAGAUGGCUCUCACGGUCCCCAACCAGAGGCGCAAGCUGGAGGCCGUCCUGGAGGCGGUCAACCGCAGCCUGCAGGCAGAAGAUGAGCCGCUCAAGUGGAGCGUGGACGCCAUCUUCAACAAGGACCUGCUGGCCACCUUGCAUCUCCUCGUGGCCCUGGCCAAGCGCUUCCAGCCCGACCUGCCCCUCCCGACCAACGUCCAGGUGGAGGUGAUCACCAUGGAGAGCACCAAAAGUGGUCUGAAGUCUGAGAAGUCGAUGGAACAGCUCACUGAAUGCAGCACAGACAAGGACCCAGCUACCAAGGACGUCUUUGAUGAAUUAUUUAAACUGGCUCCGGAGAAAGUGAACGCUGUGAAAGAGGCCAUUGUGAACUUUGUCAACCAGAAGCUGGAUCGCCUGGGCCUGUCUGUGCAGAAUCUGGACACCCAGUUUGCAGACGGGGUCCUCUUACUCUUGCUGAUUGGACAACUGGAAGGCUUCUUCCUGCACUUGAAGGAGUUCUACCUCACUCCCACCUCUCCUGCGGAAAUGCUGCACAAUGUCACCCUGGCCCUGGAGCUGCUCAAGGACGAAGGCCUGCUCAGCUACCCCAUCAACCCCGAAGACAUCGUGAACAAGGACACCAAGAGCACGUUGCGUGUCCUCUACAGCCUGUUUCGCAAGCACAAGCUGAAAGAAAACGCAGACAGCACGCCCCGUGGAUCCCCGAAUUAACUGUCACUGCCCCCCCAAAGCUGCUUCUCUGAGCCUGCUUGCAGGACCCAAGGGAGGGCCCAAGGGCCACAGAGGGACCUCCCCCACCAUACAGCCGGCUGCCCUCUGUUUCCCUGUGUGUCUGUGGCACGCCUGCCCCUUCCCCCCAUCCCUGAUCCGCGUUUCCACCCGAAUAUCUUUGAAUUCACUAGGCCUGGAUCUGUUUUGAACCAGCCUCUGGCCUCACUCAGUUUACAGUAACUAAUGUAUUUCUGGGAGGGAUCGGGGGAGCCUGCAGUGCCCUGGGAAGGACCCUUCAAUAUGCAUAAGUACGAGCUGACCCCCCAAAGCAGUUCCCCUUUCCAUGGGGCGGGGUGUGGAACGUUCUCAGGGUCUCAUCUCUGAGGGCAUCCGUGGGAGCGGCGAAGGGACCAAUGGUGCUGACCUUCACUCGGGCUCCUGGGUCCGACUUUGGGAGCAGAAAGGACUCUCAGGUGUCAGGGCUGAAGAUCGGAGGCCCCAGCCUGCCUCUGUCUCAGCGUGAUCACCAUUCAGAGGCAGGAGUCUCAUCUGGCCCCCAAACCAAGCCCCCGAGCCCCUUGGGGGAAGUUAAUCCACUUACUUGACAGAGGAGCCAUGGCCCAGAGCCACCCCUACAGCUCGAUGGUGAGCCUUGCCUGGAAGUCACAAAGGAGAAAUCUUUGUGGCUGACGAGUAGGUCGGAUGGUCUCCUGGUCUGUCCCCAGGGAUGUGCCAUCACGUCACGCUGUCUCUGGUGAGAACUGGCCCUUGCUGCCUGUGUUUCUCAAAGAACAAGUCCCCGCAGGGGGGUGGAACGUGGCCGUCCCAGGAGCGGACGUGUGGCGGGAACCAGCCAGGACAAGGCACAGGGGGUGGGGGUCGGGGCUGGCAAGGGGACGACUGAGCUGGGCACCCCCAGGGCUGCCUCUCCCCUGCCCUCCGGCUCCGGGCCCCCGCUGGGUCUGGGGUUUUACCAGUUUGACAGCCUUGGAUCUGGGGGCGGGGGUGGGGGGCUUUGGGGUGGGGGGCUUGUGGCGUGUGGGAAGACGUCCCAUGGGGUGUGGCAUCAGGAGUUGUCUGAGGGUGAGACGGUCUCAAGAGGUCUCUCUUCCACCCCACCCCCAUCCACCUGCUCCCCUCCCCUCUGGACUCACAGGCGAUUAGGUAUAGAGGAGUUCUCGAGGGUGGGGCCCCGGAUGGGAUUAGCGUCCUAAGAAGAGGGAGAGACACCAGGGCUCUCUCUCUCUCUCUCUCUGUCUCUGCCGCGUGAAGACCCAGCCAGAAAGUGGCCAUCUGCAAGCCGCGAGGAGGCCUCUCACCAGGAGCUGAACCUGCCGGCACCUUGACCUCGGACUUCCAGCCUCUAGAACUGUGAUCGAUGAAUGUCUGGCGUCUAAGCCCCCCGGUCUGCCGUAUGCCGUCACAGCAACCUGAGCUGACCAACCCGGAUUCCCCAGACCGUCGUUCCUUAGGGAAGUAAAACCACCAGACUGCCCGCCGUGCACCUCCUGUCACGGCGAAGUUGAAGAGUCUGACGAUAUCAAGAGUGGGCAAGGACG